AGCAUCACACUAACCUACUGACGGAGAGGAGCGAGUGUUUCAGAUCCUAAAAUCUGUGCGGAAUUGCGUUUGGCCAUUUUGUUGCCGACUGUGCGGGAGUCUUUCUUUACUCUUUCUACUUGAGGCGACCGCAGAGGGACGUACCGGUGAGCGGACGACGCCGAGGAUGAAGAAUCUGCUUGUGGUCCUGCUGGUUCUCGGCAGUGUGUUUGCCGAUGAUGAAGACAAGAAGGAGAGUGUGGGCACCGUUGUUGGCAUUGAUCUGGGCACCACUUACUCCUGCGUUGGCGUCUUCAAGAAUGGCCGCGUGGAGAUCAUCGCCAACGACCAGGGCAACCGCAUCACGCCCUCCUACGUGGCCUUCACCGCCGAGGGGGAGCGCCUGAUCGGGGACGCCGCCAAGAACCAGCUGACCUCCAACCCCGAGAACACGGUCUUCGAUGCCAAGCGUCUGAUUGGCCGCACCUGGAACGAUCCCACCGUUCAGCAGGACAUCAAGUACCUGCCCUUCAAGGUGAUUGAAAAGAAGAGCAAGCCCCACAUCCAGGUGGAUGUCGGUGGUCAGAUGAAGACCUUCGCCCCAGAAGAGAUCUCGGCCAUGGUGCUCACCAAGAUGAAGGAGACUGCCGAAGCCUACCUGGGCAAGAAGGUUACUCACGCCGUGGUCACUGUGCCAGCCUACUUCAACGAUGCCCAGCGCCAGGCCACCAAGGACGCCGGGGUCAUUGCUGGACUGAACGUGAUGAGGAUCAUCAAUGAGCCGACGGCCGCUGCCAUUGCCUACGGCUUGGACAAGAAAGACGGGGAGAAGAACAUCCUGGUCUUCGAUCUGGGCGGCGGCACCUUCGACGUGUCCCUGCUGACCAUCGACAACGGGGUCUUCGAGGUGGUGGCCACCAACGGGGACACCCACCUGGGCGGGGAGGACUUCGACCAGCGCGUGAUGGAGCACUUCAUCAAGCUGUACAAGAAGAAGACGGGGAAGGACGUGCGCAAGGACAACCGGGCCGUGCAGAAGCUGAGGCGCGAGGUGGAGAAGGCCAAGCGGGCCCUGUCUUCCCAGCAUCAGGCUAGGAUCGAGAUCGAGUCCUUCUUUGAGGGGGAGGACUUCUCCGAAACGCUGACCCGGGCCAAGUUUGAAGAGCUCAACAUGGAUCUCUUCCGCUCCACCAUGAAGCCGGUCCAGAAGGUCCUGGAGGAUGCCGACCUGAAGAAGUCGGACAUCGACGAAAUCGUGCUGGUGGGCGGCUCCACCCGCAUUCCCAAGAUCCAGCAGCUGGUGAAGGAGUUCUUCAACGGCAAGGAGCCCUCCCGGGGCAUCAACCCGGACGAGGCUGUGGCUUAUGGGGCUGCCGUGCAGGCUGGCGUACUGUCGGGAGAGGAGGACACAGGUGAUCUGGUCCUUCUGGACGUGUGCCCUCUGACCCUUGGCAUUGAGACCGUUGGUGGCGUCAUGACCAAGCUGAUUCCCAGGAACACCGUCGUGCCCACCAAGAAAUCUCAGAUCUUCUCCACAGCCUCCGACAACCAGCCCACCGUCACGAUCAAGGUGUACGAAGGUGAGCGCCCCCUGACCAAAGACAACCACCUGCUUGGGACCUUUGACCUGACCGGCAUCCCCCCUGCGCCCCGCGGCGUCCCCCAAAUCGAGGUCACCUUCGAGAUCGACGUCAACGGCAUCCUGCGGGUCACGGCCGAGGACAAGGGCACCGGCAACAAGAACAAGAUCACCAUCACCAACGACCAGAACCGGCUGACCCCCGAGGACAUCGAGCGCAUGGUCAACGACGCCGAGCGCUUCGCCGAGGAGGACAAGAAGCUGAAGGAGCGCAUCGACGCCCGCAACGAGCUGGAGAGCUACGCCUACUCGCUGAAGAACCAGGUCGGGGACAAGGAGAAGCUGGGAGGCAAGCUGUCGGCAGAGGACAAGGAGGCCAUCGAGAAGGCGGUGGAGGAGAAGAUCGAGUGGCUGGAGAGCCACCAGGACGCGGAGCUGGAGGACUUCCAGGCCAAGAAGAAGGAGCUGGAGGAGAUCGUGCAGCCCAUCGUCAGCAAGCUGUACGGCGGCGCCGGCGGACCCCCUCCUGAGGGGGGCGACGAAGAGCCGUCGGACAAGGAUGAGUUGUAGAGCUCCGCCUGGGGGAGGUACGGUGUACAUAUUGGACUCCUUGAACUGUUGCAAGGAAAACGAAAUCUCCUGGGAAAGACUUUUUAAAGCGGAAGCGAGCGGAUGUCCUGUAUUUUCUUCACUGCGAAGUGGAGUUUAAAAAAACAAAACGAAAAGCCCUAGCCCGUCUGGGCUGGCUGCUGCUGUUCUUUGGCAGUUUCUGACUUAGGAUUUAUUUUGUUCUUCGGGGGGGGUGGGAGUGAGGUGUUGAUGGGGCUCGACGCGUUCACAAAUUCUGAAAGUUAUUUAUUUGAGAUUUGGUCGUUCUGGGUGACGUAGAAAAGCUUUCUACUGUACAAAAUACCUUGAAUAAACAAAUGGUAAGUUUGAUACGAA